GUAGGUAUUUAAAUACCUACCAACUAAGCGCUUACUUACCUUUUAACAAUAAGUACCUACAUAAUUAUUUUAAUUCCCGUUAGCCGAGCUUAUUUAUGCUUUCAGCUUAAGCACUAUAAGUACACUGUAAAUAAACAUACUGUAAAUGAUACCUAUCUAGGUACUACUAUCUAACGGUUACGCUUAGCAAGUCAUCCACUGGACUCAACUUAUUUGGUAGUAACUUAUAACAUACGCAGCUUAAGUUCAAUAAAUGACACAGCUGACAUAACAUACCUACAUUAUAGCUGAAAGUUGCUCUAAAAUUGUACCUACUUUUCAAAAGGCUUUGUCAUAACUUUCCCCACGUUACUUACCUAUUAUAUUUAAGUAUCAAAAUGACCAAGUUGUCCCUUUUUUCAUUUUAAUACCUAGUGAUUGCAUUGCUUUAAGUAGUUUGCCGACUAAUUUCAGGAAAAAUCGAUCUGAUCGAUCAUCGAGCGGCCGCAACGCACACAUUCACGGCGCGCCGCGGCGCGUGGCUAGUGUAGCUACUGUCUCGUGCGUGUUGCAGCGCCGCCAGCGACCUUGACCGUGAAAACAACGGUGCCGCGUCAGCUGACGGCGCGGUGGAGCAACAUACACUCAAAGCAGGAUCGGUAACUCUGUAUACUCAUUUACCUACUCAAUAACUUUACUCAAUUCAACUUAUCUGGUUAAAUUAAUUUUUUAAUUGUCAUGACUGGUACUGAGAAAGAAAUGGUGUUAUCUGAGGCUGAGGAUACAUCACUUAAACAGUUAAUAAGAAAAAGAAGUUCUAUAAAGGGGCGAUUAACAGUUUUUAAGGAUUAUUUGGCUGUAAUUAGUCAAAUACCUACCACUGACCUUCAGAAAGCGGACGUUAAAGAAUUAUCUUUACGUUUACAAAAGUUAGAAUCACUCUUCUCUGACUUCGACGCAUUGCAAAUUGAAAUAGAAGUUCUAUCUAAUGACGAAGAACAAUCAAAAGAACGCUAUAGCAUCGAAAAUAGAUUUUACUCACUCAUAUCUUCAGCUCAGAUCAUCAUUGAAUCGUCAAAUCAAGGAGACGAUAUUUUUGUAAAUGCAAAGAAAACGUCUCAACACGGAAGUGAAUGUAGUUAUCAACCUAAUAACCACAUACAGCUACCUAUAAUCAAAUUGCCUACUUUUAACGGUGAUUAUCUUAAGUGGCUUGAAUUUAGGGAUACGUUCGACUCCUUGAUUAACCAAAAUGAAUCAAUACCAGACAUAAACAAGUUUCAUUAUCUAAAAUCAUCCCUGCAGGAUAGUGCUCUUGUCGCAGUGAAGUCUAUAGAGGUUACAUCUGUUAACUACAAAGUAGCAUGGCAGUUACUGAAAGAUAGGUAUAAUAAUGAGAAAAUUCUCAUCAACAAUCACUUAAAAUCCUUAUUCUCAAUAGAACCCCUUAGUCGGGAAUCUCACAAGGCAAUUCGAUUCCUCGUCGAUCAUAUUUCUAAAAAUCUAAGGUCACUAGAAACGUUAGGACAGCAUACUGACCAUUGGGAUGUGUUAAUUAUAUACUUGUUUUCUAACAAAUUAGAUUCGGUAACAGGCCGUAAAUGGGAAGAACAUAAAAAUAAUUUCACAAACUUACCUACAUUGAACGAUUUUAUUUUGUUCUUACGCAAUCGUGCCGAUAUUCUUGAAACAAUGCACACGAACAAAUCGGAAAAAAAUAAUCAUCAGAAUAAUAAUUCUUUUCAUAAAUCUUCAAGGGCGCUGGUAACUUCAUCCUUUGCAAAUAAAACGAUGAAGUGUUCGCUUUGUAGCGAAUCUCAUCGCAUAAUGGAAUGUUCCAAGUUCAAAGAUUUAACUAUAGAAGAUAGACUAAUCGAAGCAACAAGAUUAAAACUGUGUAAAAAUUGUCUUCGUAAAGGGCAUUCCACACAACAAUGUAAAUUAGGUCCAUGUCGUUUCUGUAACAAAAGACAUAAUUCAUUAUUGCACCUUACUAAACUUGACGAAUCACAAACACAAAAUAUAAAUGAUAACAAAUGUUUACAUUCCUUACCGGCUUCAUCUUCCGCGUCGACCACAAAUCAGGUAAUUUUGUGCACUGCGGUAGUGAACAUUAAAAACGUAAGUGAUAACACUACUUACCAGGCGCGGGCGUUACUUGAUGCAGGUAGUCAAUCGUCUUUUAUUACUGAGGAGCUGAAAAAUAAAUUAGGAUUAAAAACGGAACAAUCAAAGAUCCGGAUAUCCGGAGUUAAUAAUUCACAAUUUAACUUAAGGGAACUUUGUAAUAUAAAUGUGUCGUCGUCAAGCAACUCAUUCAAUAAAAACAUAAAAUGUUUAGUUAUACCAAACAUUACGGGUUACCUACCCAACGUCGAAGUAAACACUUCGGCUUUGAACUUACCUUCCGGAAUACAGCUUGCAGAUCCGGGUUUUCACUGUCCGUCAAAGAUUGACAUGUUACUAGGUGCAGAAGUAUUCUUUGAGAUAUUAAGUACCGGACAGAUAAAGUUGGGUGAAAAUAAACCCAUUCUUCAGAAUUCCAAAUUUGGUUGGUUAAUUGCGGGACCACUUACAAUUUCCUUAAAGAAAAAUCAAAAUGAAACUUACUGUAAUUUUAGUAAGGAAAUGUCAGAUCAAUUAAGUCAGUUCUGGGAAAUUGAAGAAUCCCCCAUAUCGAAACAACAAAUUAAACAAAACUUUUUGAAAAAUAACAUUUGUGAAAAUCAUUUUCGGGAAAAUACUAAACGGCUAGAUAAUGGUAGAUUUUCAGUAACUAUACCUUUUAGCGAAGAUCCUGAAACUGCUCUGGGUGAUUCAUACACAAUAGCAAAAAGGCGCUUCUUCAGUUUAGAACGAAAAUUCUCGCGAAAUUUAGAAUUAAAAUCACAGUAUGGCGACUUUAUUAACAAAUAUGAAGAACAAGGUCAUUUAUCACGAAUAGAUCGUCCUGAAUUUGGAUACUACAUGCCUCAUCUCCCGGUAAUACGAGAGAAAAGUGAAUCGACUCGUCUUAGGGUGGUCUUUCAUGCCUCUGUUAAAUCUACGUCAGGGGUUUCAUUGAACGACAUUCAACUUAGUGGCCCAGUGGUACAAGAUGAGUUGUUCGAUAUUCUUAUCAGAUUUCGACAACAUAGGUAUGUGUUAAGCGGAGAUAUACAAGCCUUCUAUAGACAAGUAGAAGUGAAUCCUUCUCAAAGACAUUUACAAUUAAUACUAUGGCGGGAUGACGAAAGUAAACCGUUAGAAGUUCUUCAGCUUAAUACCGUAACGUACGGGACUUCAGCAGCGCCAUUCUUAAGUACCCGAUGUCUUUAUCAGUUAGCCGACGAGUGCGCUGAUGAAUUAGUCUCUCAGGUAAUACGUCACGAUUUCUACGUUGACGACAUGAUUACUGGAUCUAAUCAAAAGGAUGAAUUGUUACAUGUUUAUAAUUCUGUAAAGAGUACACUUUCAUCGGCAUGCUUUCCUAUACAUAAAUUUCGCACAAACUGUCCUGAAAUUCUUUCAACUGAAGCAGAGACAGAAUCACUCAAAUUUGACAAACAGUCCAGUAUACUUGGGUUAUUAUGGGUUCCCAAUACUGAUGAAUUAAAGUUCUCAGUAAACAUUGAUCUGGACUUAAAAUUCACAAAACGUAGUAUUUUAGCAAACACCUGUAACGCAUCGCAAGCCGCUUAUGGAGCGUGUGUUUACACUCGUUCCGUUGAUAGUGUAGGCAAUGUAACGAUUCACCUUAUGACCUCAAAAGCACGCGUCGCACCCAUAAAACCAAAUACAAUUCCGCGUUUGGAAUUAUGUGGAGCGCUAAUAGGCGCGCGACUAACUUCUAGAGUUCAAGAAUCGCUUCGUUGUGAUAUAUCUAAACGAUAUUAUUGGACCGAUUCCACAGUAGUUCUUAGUUGGCUCAAAAUGCAACCUAGGGAUCUUAAUUCAUUUGUAUGUAAUCGAAUAAAUGAAAUACAUGAGCUGACGUCAUCAGAUAUUUGGAGACAUGUUCCUACUUUACUAAAUCCAGCAGAUUUAGCCUCACGAGGUGUAGAGCCUUCGCAACUGAAAGAUUGUAAUUUGUGGUGGCAAGGUCCCUCUUUUUUACUUCAAAAAGAGGAUAAAUGGCCAAGAAACUUAACCGACAACGUUGCUGUACCAGAAGUAAAAGUACAUUCAUUCAUUCAGAAUAAAUAA